UCAGUUUAUAUCAUACCCACAAAAACAAACAAACAAAACCACACCAAUUAAGAUAAAACUCACCCCAAAAAACAAACAUCACAUUAUCAUCUAUUAUUAUCUCACCACCAAAAUGGCCAUCAAAAGAAGUAGAGAAGAGAUAGAACUUGAAAGAACCAUAGCCAUGGCAAACUACCUAAUCCUCUUAUCCAAGACCUCUAACUCGACCACCGUGGAACCCACUAGUAGCAGCCGAGUUUACGAGUGCAAGACGUGCAACCGCCAAUUUGCCUCCUUCCAAGCACUGGGUGGUCACCGGGCUAGCCACAAGAAACCUAAAACUCAUUAUACGAACGACUAUAAUAAUCCGUCUGAGGAAAAUGUUAGUAAGAGGUCUAAAACUCAUGGAUGCUCAAUAUGUGGAUUGGAGUUUCCUAUUGGACAAGCGUUGGGAGGUCAUAUGAGGCGUCAUAGAGCUGCCCUCAUUGGAUCACAGCUCCCUUGCACCUCUCGUCCUACACUUUCACUUGAACUUGAACUUUCUUCACAUAAUGUUUCGGACGAAUUAACUGGUGUGAUCAAAAGUAGGAGUUAUAGUGAUGAUCAUAAAAGUGUUAUGUGCUUAGAUUUGAAUUUGACUCCUUUAGAGAAUGGACUGUUGGAGGUUAGGAAGUUUGCUCCUUCUGUUUGUUAGUUUUAUUUAUUUAUUUUUAGUUCACAUUCUUUUAAUUCUUUAUGAUAGAGCAUUUUUUGUUCAGGAAAUAGCUUUUGUUCUUUCAAUUGUUUGUGUAUAUACUACUACUAGAACAUACAUGAUGACAAAGAAUAUCAAUACAAGGAAUAUUAUAGUUUUUUUUAAA